AUAUCCCAACAGGGUGUUUGUGAACAGAAAAUUUAAAAAGAGUAUUCCGAGUAUUCAUAAUAAUUGAACCCGUUGAAAUCCAGAUAUCUUUAGAUAAUUUUGUAUUAUUUAAAUUACUACGUUAAUUUAAUAUAGCACAACCAUGCGCCGAAGUAGUGCUCCCUCCAUGAAAGGGGUUAAGCCGAGUUCAACCGCUACUUUGAGACAGACCAAUGAAUCGCAGUUGAAACAGUUCCAAAUGGAGAAAGCAGAUUCGGCUGUUGUAAAUCUGCUCAACAGUAACGAGAAUCAUGCACACAUCCUGAAAAGCCUAGCAAUCACGAGGAAACAUUCAUCGGAGUCUAGUGCAGCAGACAGCAGCUCAAAUACGCAGCCGAAGUUUCGAUUCAUCGUUGUGUGGGGGAAAAUAAGCACUAAGAAGCACAAAACGUGGGAAGGAGACGGUACCUUAGAACUGUCGGGACGAACGGCCACAUUGAAAGAUGAUGAAGGGAAAACGAUAGCCAGUUCAACCGGUAUUAAGGUGGACACGAUCGUGGAAGGUACUCGUUUGAUAGUGGGCACCAAAGAGGUUGAGGUGAUGGAGAAACUAUGUGUUGAUAAUGUUGAUAACAAAACAGAGAAGGAAAAUACGGUACAGGAUAUCCCCCUGGCUAAGAAAAUGAAACACAAUGUCUUCAACACCCCCAAAGUUUGCGAAAAAUCACUGCAUGGAGAAUCGUCUUCAGGAAACUCUUUUAAACAAGUUGGUGUAACUAUUGAAGAAAUUCCUCCAGAUUUUGUCCAACUCGUCAUGUUGCGACCAAGUUUUGAGCAUCAGUGGAAUUACAACCAAAGGAAAAGUCCUGUGUCCGAUGUCACCGUUCCGUACGUUCUAUCUAAGCAUUUGAGGCCGCAUCAGAGAGAGGGAGUAAGUUUUCUUUACGAAUGUAUAUUGGGAUUUCGAUGUUCAGAAAAUAUCGAGCAAUUCGGUGCUAUUUUGGCAGAUGAAAUGGGGCUGGGUAAAACUUUACAAUGUAUUGCUUUGAUACACACAUUGCUCAAGCAGGGGCCAUAUGGUCAUCCGAUCCUGAAGAGGGUUCUUAUUGUAACACCAAGCACUCUAGUAGAGAACUGGGAAAAAGAAUUCAACAAGUGGCUAAAAUCGGAAAGGAUAUUUACAUUCAUUGCAAGCCCAACAAAUAAAUUGAAGAAAUAUGCACAAUCAAGUCACAUACCAAUAUUGAUCAUUUCAUAUGAGCUACUAUCAAAACAAAUUUUGGAACUCGAUUCUGUCAAGUUCGAUCUGAUAAUCUGCGAUGAAGGACAUCGUUUGAAAAACAGUGCCAUCAAAGUUUCGUCAAUCCUGGAUGCUAUUGACUGUUCCCGAAGAAUAAUCCUCACUGGAACGCCAAUACAAAAUGAAUUAAACGAGUUCUAUUCUCUAAUCAAUUUUGUAAACCCCGGACUCCUCGGGACUUAUUCUGAAUUCAAAACCAAAUAUGAAAUACCAAUUCUUCAGUCUCAACAACCGGGCGUACUCCCGCAAUACCAGGAUCUUGGAAAAUGCAAACUUGAAGAGUUGAAUAGUGUUACUUCUUCAUUUAUACUGCGAAGGACCCAGGAAAUCAUCAAUAAUUAUUUGCCGGAAAAACAGGAAGUUGUUAUAUUUUGCCAUCCUUCGGUGCUACAACGGGUUCUCUUUCGUGUUGCGCUACAAUACUACAAUGGAACUGAUCCAAGCAGCACGUCCCCACUGCAAAUGAUUACAAUAUUGAAGAAAAUCUGCAAUCAUCCUUCACUCAUUGCAACAACAGAGAACAUCGAAUGUGAAUCGAUUAUCAAGCUACUGAACGACAAAAUACCAGCGUGGCAAGACAUGGGUCCAACGGAUUCUGGUAAACUUGCCGUAUUAGAAUCGCUAUUGGAAGCUCUUAUCGAACGCCAGGAAAAGGUUGUAAUCGUUUCCUAUUAUAGCAAAACGUUGGAUAUGAUUAUGGGACUUUGCGAACACUAUAACUACAAGUUCUGCCGUUUAGAUGGGUCUACGCCUCCCCACAAUCGCUGUAAAAUUGUUUCGAGUUUCAACAAUACGGACACAUUCAUUUUUCUGCUAAGCGCCAAAGCUGGCGGAACUGGUCUAAACCUAACCGGGGCGUCGCGUUUGGUGAUGUACGACAAUGACUGGAAUCCGGCAAGCGACCUCCAAGCCAUGUCUCGUAUCUGGCGAGAUGGACAGACACGAACGGUGUUUAUCUACCGUUUGAUCACCGCCUUCUCCAUUGAGGAGAAAAUUUAUCAGAGGCAGAUUUCGAAAUCAUCCCUCAGUGGAAGUGUCGUUGAUUUAAAGCAAAACUUGAGCAACCUCAAAUUUUCCGACCAGGAGUUGAAAGACUUGUUUUCAAUGGCCGACGAUGGUGACGAUUGCAACACCCAUCAAAUGUUGGGUUGCCAUUGCAGUGGCCAUGGUGAUAUUCCAGAACCAAUUAGCAAUGCGAAUCAGAAAAUAGCCGUCACACCGGAACGGAGCAAAUUUCAAAUAGGGAAAGCCAAGCCAAAAGUAACCCAAAUAGAACCAAAACACGCACUCAAAAUGCAAGAACUAAUGCGAUGGGAACACUAUCGAGCUCCAUUUAAGGAACCUAUACUAGAGGAACUGUCUUUGGUGGCUUGCUGGAAGGAAAUUUUGUUUAUAUUCCGUAGCAAAAACAUUCAGUUGUGUAGGCAACCAGUCAUCGACGUUACAAGCAACACAUGUUUAAAUUAGAAGAAUUGCCUUCAAAUGUAUUUAUUCAUCAUUUUCGAGAUAAAUAUUACUUCCAAAACGACCAUACAAA